CGCUGUAUCACUUCCGGUGAAAUCACGUGAAAAUAUCAUAACAAGUGUCUAUCACCUGUUAAAGAAAAGGAAGUUAAUGCUGUUCCAUUGUGAACAUGAUUCAGCUGUCUAAACUUGAAGAGAAGUCAUUGAGAUGUCUCUAACCAAGCCAGACUCCAUGCUGUUGGUCUCACAGAGGGUGCUUAUUCACUAAGUUGUGAUCAUCGACAGAGUGACCACAUCAAGAUGGAUUCCUCAGAUAGUCAUAGUAAUCUGGACAGUGGAAGUGUUGGAAUCAGUGCCACUGAAAGUUUCCACAAUGACGGAACUGCAGUGUUAUCAGUUCAGUUUGACAGGAAGUCCUCCUUUCUGGCGCAUGAUCACAAGACCUCCACACCAGGACGGACUAAGUCCAAGCCGACGAGUCUCGACAUGUCCAUGACAUCCUAUGAUGCCCUGAAACCCUCUGAAGCACCGUCGGCCAUAUCAACCAACAGUAUUCUUCGCUUGGGAGACGAAGAAGAUGAUGUAAACACGACCUUGAGUCUUGAUGGAUCCAGUGAGCCGCCAGGCUCACCCACCUUGCUUGACACGUCUGAAGGCUCGUCCCCCGCAAUGUCUCCACCGCGGACUGAACAUCGGGUGUUGAAUCAGAUCUGUCCCGUUGACCCAGAUUCCAUUCCGGAGAUUCGAGUUGAAGCGGAACCGGAGACACUUUACCCAGAAGACAUCCGAGUGCCCAUCCUGGGAUAUGAGGUCAUGGAGGAGAGAGCCAAGUUCACUGUCUACAAGAUACAGGUUGAUAAGUCAGAUCAUGAAUCCUGGUUUGUCUUCCGGCGCUACACAGACUUCAGUCACCUCAAUGAAAGGCUGCUGAACAUGUUCCCCGGCAUCCGACUUUCUCUUCCGCCUAAACGCUGGUUUCGUAGCAACUAUGAGCGCGACUUCCUGGAGGAUCGAGUACAAGGCUUGCAGGCUUUCCUCAACAACGUCACGGGCCACAGUGACAUAUGCAACAGCAAGCCAGUUCGGGAGUUUUUCUGUUUCGAUGAUCCUCCAGGGCCUCAUGACAGUCUGGAAGAGAGUCGGGCACUGUGUGAGAACCUGGAAGAGACGACGUACCAUCUCCGACAGGAUGUAGAUGAGAGAGACCGGGAGAUCAUGCUGCUGAGGGAAGAGUUGGAGUUAUACAAGUCACAAGUCUCCAUGCUGUCAAAACGUCUCCGGGAGGUGUCCGGUGGGAGAGAUACAUCGUCUCUGAUGUCGCCAAUAUCAAACGAGUUCUCGGUGGCGGAGUGUGACAUGGAGGUCAGCCUGGAGCCAGAAGCUGACCAGUCACAUCCCUUGACGUCCAGUGACAGCAGACUCGAGGAUGGGAACCGGGACACCUCAACACCGAUUCCAGACAAGGAUCAUCCGCCUGCAGGAAAACGGCUAAAAUCAUCUCACGUCGUCCCAGUCAUGGUGCACACCGCAGCUGAGGAACAUACAUAGCUGGAGUUACCUCCCUUGUGCUACGUCUCACCAUCGCCAAAAUGUGAACGAAACUAUUGGAUUCUGCAUAGAUGGUGCUUCUCAAUAUUUCACUACCCUGGAUCUUGAACAUGAAAUGAAAAUCAUCCACCUAAGUUCUCAAGUCACCAAUUUGAAAUUAAAUAUGUCCACCCAAUAUUGUCAUGUAAAAAAGAUAUCUUAUUUAAUCACUACGUCACAUAUAAUGUGUGUGACCUGCACAGCCUCACUGAUGAAUAACUGCUGUGUGAUAUCACACCAACAUGCGGAAUAAUACAAGACUUCCUGGUUAUUUCUUCACAAGACACUGGUGAUAUUCCUGGGUUUUCACACCCUGUUUCCUGAAGUGCUAUUCUCCCCACACAGUGUGGACUACCAUCUUAUACACGUGCCUUUUUGAAUUAAUUUUGUUGUGUAUAAAACGAAUUGAUUUGAUAUUCACAAGAUAUUUGCCACUUUCACAAUUUGAAUAUUUAUAACUCAUGUAGAUAUACACCUGUACAUAUUACAUGCUGAUGGGAUUAUGCAUCUAGAUGCUGCUUGGUUAUUUCUUGUAUCUUGAAUUCCACGUGCAGUAUGAUCAUGACUGGAUGAAAUUGUAUAUAAAUACCGUCGUCCCAAAUUCGGUGAAUAUUAUGUACAUAUAUUGCAUGUAUAAUAAAUUAUUUGUAUGGACCCAAGUUUAUCUCUGGUCUGCAAAACCCUAUUACCUUCUAUGAUGUUUCAAUUCAGCAAAAAUAAUUUCAUUUUUGGAUCAUCAUAGUUUAAGUCAUAUCUGAUACAUGAAAGCAGCUACCAGUGUGUAAUAUCAGUGUGUAGAAGUGACACUUGGUUUGAUUAUAACAGUUUACGCAUGGUAGAUGUACAUCAAUGUAUGCUGUUAUAUUGUCAAGGAGGAGGUUAUUGAUGGGAUUACUAGGAGUUGAAUUUGUUAAAAUGUUAAAGUCUGUCUUAGUCGGAACAAUAAUUGAAAUUAUGCACCUAGACUUGUAGAGUUGAUCCAUUUCCAUGUUAAGUUUCAUUCAUUUAGAUGCAGAAAUAAAUUAAUGAAAAUUAUUUUUACAGCACUGAAAUAACUGAAAGCUAUGGGCUACAGAGCUGUGUGAUAAUACCUGUGGUCCCUGCUUGAGUCCAGCAUUGCCAAGGGUACAGAAAAUACCUUGCUUAGCUGUUAUCAAGAAACUCUUGCAAGGUAGUUACAAGAUAGUACAAUUUAGAUCUCAACCUUGCAAUUGAAAAUAUAUAGCUGAGCUAUAGGUUCUAUUAAAAUAUUGGACUUGAUGUCACAUUUUUGUAUUUCUCUGAACAUGCUGAAAACUAUUACUUAAUAUGACUAAGUUGCUAUUUUUUUAUACAUGGAAGUUCAAAUGUGAACACUUUGAUUGUUGAAAGUGGAUAAGUUUGCAAAAUGAAUUUUAUAUAUUUUAACUAAAUCUGUAUCAGUAUUAUAAUGUUAUUCUUAUUUCCUGAAGAUUUUAUAUCUUUUAGUCAUUGUGUUAAUUCAGGAAAGGUUUAUGUUUUAGGACAAAUAUUUGUUGAUUGUUUGAAAACAGUAUUAUUCCAAAGGUGUUAUAAAGUUCAUGGUUUCCUUUGGAAAAGGUUAUUUAAUCUUGUCAUAAACAAUAUUAAAC